AUGGAGCCUUCUCAAGAUAUAGAAUAUUCAGAAGGAGAAUUCAGUGGCACUGAAUCUGGUUGGACAACAUACAUUGGAUCUCCAAUUCAUAGUGAAAUCUACAAUGAUGAGGAGCCAAGUGUAAAUAUGGAUGAAUAUGGCAACAACAACUUCAAGAAUACUCACGAAAAAAUUCAUGAUGAUGAUAAAGUGGAGAAAAAAUAUGACAAUGAAGAGAGUGAUAGUGAUUCUAUGGCUUCUGAGGCAUCUUCAGGACCAAGUCAUCUUCAAUUUGUUUGUAUAAAAAGUGAGAGAAGUCAUGACUUGCAUGAACAUGAGAAGAUCCACUCAACAAAGAGAGCAACCAAAAAGGUAAGGAAGACAAAAUAUGAAGGUUUAUUGGUUGCAAAAGAAGAGGAGUCAUUGCUUGUAGCUGAUAGUGCUUCUAGUCAUGUUUGA